AUCAUGCCCGACUGUCCGGUGCCAAACGGUCCACCAAACAACUGCCAACUGGGCGUCAGCUCCCAUUUUAAUAGCUAGCCUAGCCUCGUCCCACGGUAAUCGUCCCUCUGCCAAAAAAAGGGCAUCACUCCAUUGCACUUGCAGUGCAGUCUAGCUCUUGCACCCGAUCGAGCCGGCCUUCACUUCACGCCAUGUUCAGUGCCAUGUCCGCCCUCCUCUCCUCCCUGGCCCGGCGGCUGGUGGUGCCCCUCCGCCGCAGGAAGAGCAUCACGUCCUCCGCUUUCGCCGCCAGACGUUCGUUCUUCCCGUGCGGCGCGGGCCACCGCGACGUCGUCCGCGACAGCUCCUUCGUCGUCGUCAUCAAGCGCAAGACGCUGAGGAAGGUGAUGCCCAGCAGAAGGGUGGGGGAGCGGAAGCGCGGGCGAGGAGGCGAUGACCUCGUUGACGACGGCGACGAGCCGUGCGUGUGGCGGCGGACGAUCCUCCUGGGGCGUAGGUGCCAGCCACUGGAGUUCACGGGGGCCAUACACUACGACUGCGAGGGGCAGCGGCUUCGGCAGCCCCGCACGCCGCCGCUGCCGUCGUCGCCGCUGCUGAGCCCCGUCCAUCCUUCCAAGCUCCGCUAUAUGGACCGCGCAUAAGAGGAUCCGCACAGCAGACUGCACGUACUAUGCUAGCUUACGGAUGGAUGAAGAAGAUGACACGGUUUUCCUUUGGUGACUUCACUGCUUCGUCUCGUGUCUCGUGACGUGUGAUGAAUGAGUACAUCAUGUUCGACCGAUCUGUUAUCUUGUGGAACAGAAUAAUUAAUGAGUAUAUUGUAUUAUAUUACAAUUGUUUCAGUGGAAAAGUAGGUGAUUGUUAA